UUUUUGCUGAUUCUCUAGGAUGGUGUUACGAUAGAUGAUACUAAUACAAUGAUAAAACUGUGUUUCUCAGCGAACAAGGUGGGCGGAGUUGUCUGCCGAUGACGCGCAACGGGGAUUUUGUCAACAUUGACUGAGCUGAGCUAGCUGAGCUGAGAUAGCUAGCUGAGCCUGAGCUGAGCAGCAAGCUAUAGACAUAGUAUAGCGAUGUUCUGAUGAUGAUGAUGAUGAGACUGCUGGUCUGGCGAAAACAACCGACUCUCUCUCUACAGCUACAGCCAGGAAUUAGGAACCGAUGCUGUUCGAAGGUACAUUUUUUAUGCACGAGAGCAGCCUGCACUGACUGAAGUUUCAGCAUCGUUCAUCAAGAACGUCAAACUAUAAAGACGACAUGGGAAACAGAUCAAGAACAGUGUUUACAAACAAUAGAAACGGAUGGAACGGGAUGUCAUGGGUUCCUUCCAGGAUCUGGGAUUUCAGUGCUCGGUAUACUUUGAUGCUGCUUCUGAUUAUGGGUGGUAUGCCACAGCAGCUGUACCUAGGAAGAACCUCUGGACAGGUCUUAGAGAUGAUGGGUGCGGCCGCGGCCAUCACGUGGUCCUGGAAACCUUGGUGUAUCUGGGAAUGCUGCGAUAAACCAUGGAUUAACGUUAACAAUGUCACAGCAGGCCUUGAUGCUGUUCUCAGUGAAAAUCUUUUUGGACAGCACAUAGUUCAAGAGACCGUUUCAGCUGCUCUCCAAGGUCAUCUAUUAAAUCCCAAUCCUCCUAAACCCUUGGUUCUGUCAUUUCAUGGUCGGACUGGGACGGGUAAAAACUUUGUGAGUCGUAUGAUAGCAGAAAGCAUCUACAAGGAAGGGUUUUCAAGUAAAUAUGUUCAUCUUAAGAUUGCUGAUAGAGAUUUCAGGCAUGCAUCAAAGCUGGAGGAAUACAAGGAAUCUCUUCACAACGAGGUGUUUUACAGCGCCAAGAAGUGCCCACGACAACUCUACAUAUUUGAUGAGGUUGAGAACAUGCCUCCUGGUUUGCUGGACACCAUUCGUCCCUUCUUAGAGUACAGGACACACCUAGAAGGUGUUCAGUUUAACAAGGCAAUAUUUAUAUUUCUAAGCAAUACAGCAGCAAGGGAGAUAUCAAAUUAUGCCUUGUCUCAUCUUCAAGCUGGUAAACAGAGAGAAGAAAUUACUUUGCAGAGUCUCGAACCUCUCAUUGAACAAAGCUCAUUUGGUUCAGCAGGAGGUGGAUUUGAGAGUACUCGCUUGAUAGACAAAUACCUCAUCAGCCAUUUCAUCCCUUUCCUACCACUGGAAACAAGCCACGUCAGGAAAUGUAUCAAAUCAGAGCUUCUUGCUCAUCAUAUCCGUUCUGAUGAUACCGAAGACAUUGUAGAAGAAGUCCUUAGACAACUUCAAUUUUGGCCAAAGGGAUUGGAAAUUUUUGCCACCAAAGGGUGUAAAAGCGUUGCAGAGAAACUGAACCUGGCUUUAUUCAGAAAACACAGGAAGAGGAAAGUAGCCAAUCAAGCACACUCGGAAAAGGAACUCUGAUAUUGCAAUAUUAUCAUGUGAGGAAAAAAAACUUUUACCAAUCAUGUUGAAUGAUUAGACACGCUGAAACUACUGAAUUAUGACCAUCAACAAUAACAAUAAGUUCCCGGAAGCACAUGUAGUUCAUGCGGUAACUUCCGGAAGCUUGAUGGUAAGAAUUCAAUCGUAAACAGCAAGAGGGAUAACACAAGUUACAAGUUUAUCAUAAUUCCUCCUCGAAAUGUCAGAAGAGAUUGAGAAUGCGGUGCGUAUGUGUAUGUAACUAGACAAGCGCUCGCUACAAUACGGGUAGACUGGAAGUUAUUGGGUCACACAUCACCGAACAAGAAGUAGAAUAUCUAGUUCAGUGCGCAAAGUGACAAAUUCAUGCAGUGCGCUACAUCCGGGAACUUUCAGUCAUUUUCAAAAGUGAGAAUAUAAUAUGUGAUUGGAUGAAAACCAAAUACCUGUGAUGUUGACAUUCACUUGUAACAUUAUGCAUGGGCAGACGUGACUUUAUACAUUAUAUAGAGACUAUUGUCUCAAAAUCUUUUGACUUCCUUUAUGUUGUAUUAAAAGCUUGCUGGAGAAGUGUGAAUAAAUUUCUGACUUGAACCCAGUAGAUUAGAUCACAUAUUCAGAUCCAACAUGGCAGCAUUCAGGGAUCAAAUUAACUGGGUAGAAGCUAAAAAUGUAUAAUCAUUCAUGUUUUGGAAAUGUCACUUGUUAAAAUAUAUAAACCCCUCAAAAUAAGUUUGGAAAUCUUGAGUUUGGCCAUUAUUUUCUCUGAACUCCCAAUUCUACACAAUGCAUAUUUGAUAUUAUUCGAAAGAUCAUUUAAUUCUCUUUAAAAUGAUACCAUGCUUGUUAUGAUCAUGCCAUCACGAAAAGAGCAGGAUUCAAAAGUGUUGGAUGAGGUCUGAAUUGAAAAGCUGCAAAACGAGCAGAAAUGGUCAAUAAAGAACAUGCUUGUUUUGUCUGUGUCAAUAGAGAUGAAAAUCCGUUCAAAUCAAGCCCCUGCUUCUUCAUUUUAUUAUGGUGGUUUUGUGAGAUAACAUGGUUUGAAAUACCAAUGCAUGUUUGUUUGUUAUGUGUUUGCUUGUGCAGAGGUGUGUUUGAUUCCAUGUUCAUAUGUUGAUGUUAAGGUGCAUGAAAACAAAAGAAACCGCUAAGAAACUCACUCAUCACCACGGGAAAAAAAGAACAGUGACUUUCAAUCAAUAUUGUGUCAUUUUGCAACUUUUGAAUUUUGACCUUGCCUCCAUGUAAACCAUGAUCAUACCAUGUAGGGUAUCAUUUUAAAGAAAAUUAAAUGAUCUAUUCAUUGGUAUCAAUCACACAUUAAUAUCCACUAAAACUGAGGAGGGAUUAUCGAUCAAAAUCAGAUUUCCAAACUUUUUUUGAGGAGUUUAUUUCAUAAGUAUUUUCCUGCAUAACAUAUAUGCUGUUGCUCAGGUUUGCCUCUAAAUAUAUCUGUGAGAGGUUCGCCAUGAUUAAGGAAUAACCUGAUGAAAACAAUUUGCUUCAUAAAUUGCACAAGGACAAAAAAAAGGUUUCAAGCAUGUCUGUCACUUUCUCUUCAUGAAUUGUUUUUUUAAUUAUUUUUCAUAUAGAGCAUUCAGGAGCUAUAAUUGUUUUCUUCUGGUUCAAAUUUAGAUCAAUAGAAGAUGGAAUUUUACUUUAAAGAGUGGCGGGCAACCAAAUACUCUCUGAUAACUUAGUAAAACAGAGCUUAGCAAUGAUACUGAAAAUUGAUCGCACAUAAGGGUUUGAUGCAGUUAAUCAUCAAUCCUUUAAAAAAAAGGUUGCCAAGCUACAUGUUAUAAGGGUUCAUGUACAGGGGAUAUGUGAAUUUCACUGCAUGCAGUAUUAUUACGUAAAACUAAAUCACACUUUUAACAGUAUUCCCCCCCCCCCCCCCCCGGAUGUGCCUUUAGAUGAUAAAGAAAAGAAAAAUAAUCCAUUCUAGAUAGAUGUUUUCAGAUAAGACCCCCAAAAAUAAAUUAGCAUAUUCAGGUGAGUUCAUCUCUUGAGCAUUUGAACUGAACAUUAGUACCGCCUAUGAAACUUUUGUGUUUCACCCUGCUUGUAUGUUUUGUUUAUGGAAUGUGUUUGUACAUAUUGGAAUGUAUAAUUUAUGCAUAGACAGUAAUCUUUGCUUCAAAUGGUGCUAUACGAGUUCAUUAAGAUGUGAAGGAAUCAUUAUAAGUCAUUCCAGGGUCAUCUUUAUUCUUUAUGUAAUAAUGUCAAUUUAUAAAAAUCAAGCUGAACAAUAGAAAUUAAGGUAUAACGGUAAAGAGUGAUGUCACAUUUAGAAUGAAUUAGGGGGAUUGGUAUUUCAGCAUCCAGUAGACAUGAUGAAAACCCAUCACAAAUCAAAUUUGACACAAGGAAGUUCAUUUGGGCCCAAGCCUGUGGACACGUGUCUACCGACAUGUACAAUGUAAUUAUACAUGUAGCCCUGUUUGAGACAAGUAUGUAGAAACAUGUUGCAUGACUAUGUUAAUAAUCCCACCACUGAUUUUUUGUUCUAAGAUGCUGAAAGGGUGUCCAACGCAAUUACCAGAGAGCAAGAUUAGAUGUAUUAAAUGUAUAUAAAUUAUGAGAAUUAUUAUGAUAAAUGAAGCAGUUUGAGCUGUGCUCUGAAUAAAUAGCAAAAGAAAUGAAA